CCGGCUAUAACGCCAUGCGCUCAGCAUCUCGCUCCAUCAGUCCACUGUCUUGUCUCUGGUGGCGCGAGGGUGAGUUCUGGUGCGGGGUCAGGGCAGCGUGGAACUUUGCCGCCAUGCGCGCGCGGACUGUGCAGCUGCAGCAGCCCCGGCAGUCCUAUGGAAUAUAGCCUGCUGUGCCACGCUUCACACGCGGUGAGACACAAACUUCUGGUGCUGUGCAUCAUGUUGUCGUUGUGGGCGUACACGCUCUACUGCUGCAUCGGCUACUGCUCCAGUGUGCCCAGCCUGGCCGCGGACCCCGGACAGCCCACCAGCCUGCACGCGCUCCCCACGGAGCUAUUGAACGGCGACGGAGGGGAGCUGGACAGCAGCCUCAGCAGAGUGGACGAUUGGGACGAGGGCAGGACCCUCAACGGCUCCGAGACCAAGAAGUUUCCCCAGGCCAUCAUAAUCGGUGUGAAGAAGGGCGGCACGCGCGCGCUGCUUGAGUUUCUGCGCCUGCAUCCGGACAUCCGCGCCGUGGGCGCAGAGCCGCACUUCUUCGACCGCAACUACGAGAAGGGGCUCGAGUGGUACAGAGAGUUGAUGCCCAAGUCUCUGGAGGGACAAAUCACGAUGGAGAAGACGCCCAGCUACUUCGUGACCAAGGAGGUACCUGGCCGCAUCUUUGCUAUGUCAAAGGACACCAAACUGAUCGUGGUGGUGCGGGACCCGGUCACACGGGCUAUCUCGGACUAUACUCAGACGCGCUCGAAGAAGCCUGACAUCCCUUCCUUUGAGAGUCUGACCUUCAAGAACACUACAGCGGGGCUUAUUGACUCUACUUGGAGCGCACUGCAGAUAGGCAUGUAUGCCCGGCAUCUGGAGCGCUGGUUAAGGUUCUUCCCCAUCAACCAGAUGCUAUUUGUUAGCGGAGAGCGGCUAAUCAGUGACCCGGCAGGCGAAAUGGUUCGCGUCCAGGACUUUCUGGGCCUGAGGAGGGUGGUCACUGAGAAAUAUUUCCACUUUAACCCAGCCAAGGGCUUCCCCUGCUUAAAAAAGCCCGAAAGCAACAGUAAGCCCCACUGCCUGGGCAAAACCAAAGGGCGCACCCAUCCAAAUAUCCACCCAGAUGUGGUCCAACAACUGCGAGACUUCUACAAGCCAUUCAACAAAAAGUUUUACUACAUGACCGGGCAGGAUUUUGGCUGGGAUUGACAAACACACUUUUUUUUAAAAGAUUUUAUUUGUGUAAAAAAAGUACAGAAGUCUAUUUUAUGAUAAUUUAUUGUAGUUAAUUCACUCUGAUGCCUGUCCAUUUGUUGUACAUAUUGUAAGCCACAACUUUUUACAUUCCGGUUUUUAUGUAAAUAGGUGAGCUUAUUUAAUAGGCUUGAGUAUUUGUAUUACCAAAUGGGAAAACAUUGUAAUGAAUAACCGGGAGGAAUUCAAAUGAGGUGAAAUAUCCCAAAAAAGGAGAACAAAAGCACAAUGACGUUAGUUACGGGUAAAUAGUGAGACAGUCUUGCUCAGAGCAAAUGAUAAUAUGGUUCCAUCCAUCCAGCUAGCAGCUCUUUCAGAAUCUGUACCAUUCAAAUGCUUAAAUCUCAGAGGAGUAAUGCCACCCACACUUAAUCUAAUUACUCUAGGAGACCAUUGUGCUGUAAUCUUUUCUCAUCAUUGGAUUAAUCUCAGAAGCUGAAUGGGUCUUUUAUGAUGGGUCAAUACAGGGCCCCAGCUGAUCCACCACUAGUUCAGGUAGAUCAAUACGCUAAUUGCUGCGUAAUGUCAAUUAUGGUGGAAAGAUGGGAUGACUCUGGUCUGACCUGAGCUGUAAAAUCAGUGUACAUCAUGAUAUUGAUUGAAACCUUGAAGGAUUUCACAGUGAUUUCACUUGUAUUACAAGAAUGCUUAAUGCUCUUAUGGUAGAACUAUUGGCUUUCAAACUUUUUUCCUCAUUUUUCCAUCUCUAAAUUGCUCUAUGAGGAAACAUUGCUUCCAGAAGCAAGGGAACUGUUCAUAGUUCAAGCCAGAUCUAAUGCUGCCAACAUGUUAAAGCCCUUUGACCAGAAAAUUCAGAUAACAAACCUCUCCAUGCUAUAAUUGCGCAUUCAUACUUGGGAGGCGAGGUUAUAAUGCCGUGUCCUUGGUAUUUUGAUGAAGAACAGGAAAGGGAGGAUGAACACUCCUGAAUUCUCUGGCAGAGCAUUUGCACAAACAAAGCAAAACCAUCUGAAUGACCUCAAAUAUGGAACCAGGGAAAUAGAUAAAUAAAUAAAUAUAAUAAAAAAAGCUCAUUAAGCUGAGGAAUACACAGAUCUGCUCUUGUUUUGGUAAUGUGUGUGCAUGGCAUCAGUUCUCAUGGAGAAGAAGAAAGUCACAUUAAAGAAACAUUGACCUUGUUUCAUUGACACACUGUCAUUUCAGUGUGCAGCUUUAAUGGACACUGCUGCAAUAUCAAAGGGAUUUGUUCAGUCUAUGUUGGACAUAAGUUAUAUUUUCAGGCAUUGUUAAAAGGGAAAAUCGGUUUCUUUGGAUAUUUUUCACACACUUGCAUACGGUUGAGUUUUAUUCAACCCUAUAAGGAUAUUCAAAUGUGGCUUUUGUUUCUUUUUUGACUCAGAAUGCUUCUUAUGGUUUUUCAGGAUAAGCUGACACAUGGAAUACAUGCUAUAUUGCUAUUCAACUUAAAAAAAAUAUUCUGUCAGGGGGACAUGACACUGAACGCUAUGGUAUUCCUCUGCAGUGACAAAAUAAAUCUAUUUUUUUUUCGAAAUA